AUGACGACACGGAUCACCCCUGUCGCGAAUGAUCGGCGCGUUCGGGCACGUCCUGAAUUCCUUCAAAGCGUUCCCUCCUACGCUCCCAACGUUGCUCCCCCGGCCCCUCCUCCCUCCCCCGCCUCAACCCACCGCCGCCCCUCCCCACCCCCCUACCCCUCCUCUCUCCCCGCACCCCCACCCCAUCCAGAGCAUGCGGGGCGUGGCACUUCCCUGCACCCACUUCCCUCCUCUUUCCUCGCCCUUCCGUCCCCUCUCCUUCCCCCCUUCCCCUGCGCCCCCCCAGGCAGCAUGACGUGCAUGCGUGGGGUGGGGGAGCUCGAGAAAAGCAGAGUCCCCAACCCGGCUCCAGCUAUCUCACAGCUGCUCCACCACGCACCGUUUUCUCCCCUUCCCCUCGCCCUCCGCCCCUCCAGGCAGCAUGCAGAGCGCAGCAUGCAGAGCGUGAAGGCUCCGGGAGAAGCAGAUUCGAUGAAAUAUCCCCAUAUGCCUUCCUCCCCCUUUCCCGUCUCCUCCUUCUUCCAAUCGCCCGGCCUCCCCUCCUUCCCCACAGGCCUCCCCUCCUUGACCCCCUCCUUCUCCCCCCGCGCCAGGGAGGCCAGGCAGCAUGCAGAGCGUGGAGGAGCUCCGGGAGAACUUGAACACUUACAGGGAGCAGCUAGAGCAGAGGAUCCUGACAAUGACGAGUACAAGGAGAUGGCCAGUGGGCUCAAGGAGGUCAUCGAGCUCACAGAGGACCUCCUGAAUGCAGCGGAGCAGCAGACGCAGGAGGAGCCGCCACCAGAAGGAGAUGAAGAAGCAGCAGCUGCUCCUUUCAUCCCCAUGGCGUUUGUGCCCGCCUCUUCUGCUGCUACCACUGACCCAGCAGCCUUAGCAGCAGCCGCAGCAACAGCAGCAGCAGGGGGGGCAGCAGCAGUGUCGGCUCGGAUCACAGUGGGCACGUCGGUGCAGGCGGCAUGGGGGGUCACUGCCGGCACUGCUGCUGGCGGCAUACAGAGCUCUGAAUGGCUUGAGGGCGUGGUGGACAGUGUGACAACAGGAGGCUACGUGGUGCGCGAUGCAGGCGGGCAGAUGCACGAGGUACGAGAGACGAGAGUACGGCGGGUGGAGGAGAGCGAAGAAGACGCAAGGAAGCGAGCGCAGGAGGCACUGGCAGCCGUUGAGAGAGAGGCGGAUGAGACGAGGAGAGCACUCAAGAGAAAGCUGGAGGAAGCUUCCAGGACAGAGCUGGUGAAGAAGGAGAUUCCGCUCAAGCUGAGGAUCAAACCGGAGGAUUCGGAGGAUGUGAAAGUGGAGAAGAAGCGGAAGAUCCACGCGUUCAAGUCGAAGCAGCGGAUGGAGAUGCUCGAGGUGAUGACCAACAAGAAGCAGAACACGUGGCAGCAGUUCCAAACCAAGGGCAGCAAAAAAAAGGCGGGCUUCCUGACAGGCCGCAAGAAGGAGAGCAUUUUCAAAUCGCCAGAGGAUGUGGGGGGCAAGGUGGGGGUGGUGGGGAGCGGGCAGGGCAUGACAGACUUUCAGAAGAGAGACAAGAACCUCAACCUGCGCGCGCAGGGCCAGGCAGAGGACGACUAA